AGCGGGCUGGCUGUGGUUGGGUCCCGUCGGUUCAAAACAUUUCAAUAGUGAUACGCGCUCUCUUCCUUCAAACCCACACAGCCUUAGCUUUCUCUCUCCCUGUAUCUCUCUCUCGUCCGCAGAUCUCUAUCAGUUUGGUGAUUACUUCGUCAGAUCCGAGCUCCACAUCUCUCCGACUAUUCCAAUGGAGAAUCUAAUUUCUUUGGUUAACAAAAUCCAGAGAGCUUGUACUGCCUUAGGUGAUCACGGCGAAGGUAGUGCUCUGCCUACUCUAUGGGAUGCACUCCCCGCUAUUGCUGUUGUCGGCGGUCAGAGUUCUGGAAAGUCUUCAGUAUUGGAGAGCAUUGUUGGCAAGGAUUUCUUACCCCGUGGAUCAGGGAUUGUUACCCGGCGACCUCUUGUCUUGCAGCUUCACAAGGCCGAGGAAGGCAGCAGAGAGUAUGCAGAGUUUCUGCAUCUCCCAAGGAAAAGGUUCACUGAUUUUGGUGCUGUGAGAAAGGAGAUUCAAGAUGAAACUGAUAGAGAGACUGGACGAACCAAACAAAUUUCGAGUGUCCCAAUUCAUCUUAGUAUAUAUUCUCCAAAUGUUGUUAAUUUGACGCUUAUUGAUCUUCCUGGACUUACGAAGGUAGCUGUAGAGGGUCAACCUGAUAGUAUUGUACAGGACAUUGAGAAUAUGGUUCGAUCCUACAUUGAAAAGCCAAAUUGUUUAAUUUUGGCCAUAUCACCAGCCAAUCAAGAUCUUGCUACAUCUGAUGCAAUUAAGAUUUCCCGUGAAGUGGACCCUACAGGGGAGAGGACAUUUGGUGUUUUGACUAAGAUUGAUCUUAUGGAUAAGGGUACUGAUGCUGUUGAUAUAUUGGAGGGGAAAUCAUACAGGAUGAAGUAUCCUUGGAUUGGUGUUGUGAAUCGAUCCCAAGCAGAUAUAAACAAGAAUGUUGACAUGAUUGCUGCUAGGCGCAGAGAACGUGAGUACUUUGCUAAUUCCCCUGAGUAUAAGCACCUUGCUCACAGAAUGGGUUCUGAGCAUCUAGCGAAGAUGCUAUCAAAGCAUUUGGAGACUGUCAUCAAGUCCAAAAUUCCAGGCAUUCAAUCUCUGAUUAACAAAACAGUUGCUGAACUUGAAGCUGAAUUGAGUCGUUUAGGGAAACCUAUAGCUGCUGAUGCCGGGGGUAAGUUGUAUGCAAUCAUGGAAAUAUGCCGUUCAUUUGAUCAGAUAUUCAAAGAACACCUUGAUGGCGUGCGACCCGGAGGUGAUAAAAUCUAUCAUGUCUUUGAUAAUCAGCUCCCUGCUGCUUUAAAGAGGUUGCAGUUUGACAAGCAGCUUUCAAUGGAAAACAUACGGAAACUUAUUACUGAAGCUGAUGGGUACCAGCCACAUUUAAUAGCCCCUGAGCAAGGAUACCGUCGUCUAAUUGAGUCUUCUCUAAUUACUAUCAGGGGCCCUGCUGAGGCAGCUGUUGAUGCGGUUCAUUCCCUACUGAAGGACCUGGUUCACAAAUCUAUUAACGAGACUGUGGAUUUGAAGCAAUAUCCUGGUCUUCGGGUUGAGGUGGGAAAUGCAGCAAUUGAAUCGCUAGAAAGAAUGAGGGAGGAGAGCAAAAAAGCAACACUGCAGCUAGUUGAUAUGGAGUGUGGCUAUCUGACGGUUGAUUUCUUUAGGAAACUCCCUCAAGAUGUUGACAAGGGUGGCAAUCCUACACAUUCAAUUUUUGAUAGAUAUAAUGAUUCAUAUCUUAGGCGAAUUGGUACAACAGUUUUGUCUUACGUCAACAUGGUCUGUGCUAGUCUGCGACAUUCAAUUCCCAAGUCCGUUGUCUAUUGCCAGGUGCGAGAGGCAAAGCGAAGCCUACUUGAUCAUUUCUUCACUGAGCUAGGCAAAAUGGAGCAAAAGCGUUUGUCGUCUUUGCUAAAUGAGGAUCCUGCAAUUAUGGAACGGCGUAGUGCCCUUGGAAAGAGGUUGGAGCUAUACAGAAGUGCACAAGCUGAAAUAGAUGCGGUUGCUUGGUCUAAGUAGAUGGGAAUUGUGUGCAUUGCGUUUAUACAUGGAGAGACUCUACCAUAUAACACGUUUGUUGAGCGUGUAAUUUUUUGUUGUAUUUAGAGUGCAUCUUCUACUUAUUAAAGAUGUACUUUCGUCUCUUAUUCUCACUAUAGAACUGACGUUUUAUUUUAAGGCUUAUAUAUGUACAUCAUUUUCUUUUACUGCGUGUCUUCACUUCGUCGACAAAAUUCUUUUCAACCA